GUGUAUCGUACUGAACUGAUUAUAAAGUGAUUGUUGAAGAUAUAGAAGUAUACAGUAGGGUUAUAUGUCACAUGUUGGCCUCAUUUGUCAUCCAGACCUAUGCACUUCUUAUCUUUUCAACUUAUAACUUUCAAUACGAUCUAACAAGCUGACCAAAGAAAAUCCAGGGCACACCAAUGAAAAGAUGGAAUAUGUAGAAGCAUAUGAUUCAAUUAUUCAACCUAUCAAGGAGCCACUGACAAAAAGCUACAUCAAAACUUCAACAUCUGACCCACCAGACACUAAAACGGCAUUAGAUUACCUGAGAGAACAGCGGAAUAAUGAAAAUGAGGCUAUAGUAUUCAUGGACUCGGAUGGUAACCGAAAAGAUGUCUUGUCAUUCAAUGAUUGGGUUGAGUCCUCAGAAGACCUUGCGGUAUCACUAUCCAAGAUUGGCUUAAGUUCUGGAGAUUUUAUAGGAAUCCUUGCACCUAACUGCCAUGAGCUUAUAUGCUCUCUAGGAGCUGCCAUUAAUUUGGCAGCCGUACCUGUUUUUCUGAGCUUCAACCUUGUCAGUGGUGAAGACCUCAUUGAACAUGUGAACGAAUGCAACAUCAAGGCUGUAAUAGUUGACAUCAGUGAAGGCCCUAAGAAGGACAUUGUCAUGAGAGUGUUUGCUAAAGUUCUUAGGGGUGAAAUUGAUGAUGACAUGCCAGCAUUGAGACACGUGAUUGUCAUUACUGAUGAUGCUACACCCGAUGGUGCAAUUACCUACAAUUCACUAAGUGAUAAAAAGUCUGUCGAAGAUAAAGUUCAAAUUGCAGAUUUAACCAAAACAAUCACCAUUGAUUCACCUUUAUGCGUGACAUUAACAUCAGGCAGUACAGGGAAGCCUAAAUACUGCCUUCUACCACACAGAGAAUUAUUAACACCCGUCAAAUACAUAGGUCAAAGAAUUGGACUUGUUAAACGUGAUCGUCUAUUUUUGGACCGCCCCAUGACUUGGAUAGGAGGCAUACUAGGCAUAAUGCUGCCAUUAGUACUUGAAACUACAACUGUUACAGUUAAUGCGAAAUACACUGCUGCAAAAUCGUGGGCUGCAGAAAAGAUCCUUGGGAUAAUACAGAAAGAGAGGUUAACAAUGGCUGGUAUGCUGCCAUAUAUGAUGUUUGACAUACUGGAUUUAGAUGAUGAGAAUUUCUCCAAAUUUGACCUGUCAACAUGGAAGAUCACUGGGACUGGAGGACAACGAGUUGACCCAAAAAUGGUAGAAGAUUUCAAACUAAGAACAAGGACAAAUAUAAGUAUAGUUUAUGGAGCUACCGAAGCUAAUACUGUGACAUGCAUGUUUCCUAAAGGAGAUUUCACAAAGCAGCAUCUCACUGUGGGGUAUCCGAUACCAAACAUUGAGAUUUCCAUUCAGGCACCAGAUGGUUCAAUUCCCGCCGUGAACACGCCUGGGGAAAUAUGUAUUCGUGGCUAUCCUGUCUUUCUUGGAUACCUGAACAAUGAAGCCGCAACAAGUGAAGUUAUUGAUAAUGAAGGCUGGUGUCACACAGGUGAUAUAGGUACGAUGACACCUUAUGGGUAUAUCACGAUAGCUGGGAGACUGAAAGAGUUCAUCAAGCGUGGCACAGUUAUUGUCCAACCUUCUACCAUUGAAAAAGAGAUUGCGAAUCACCCCGAUGUUCACCAAGUACAGGUCGUUGGGGUGCCUGACCCUCGUCUGCAUGAAGAAUUGUGUGCAUGUAUCAUAACACACACUGGACGGGAACUCACAGGAAAUGAUAUGAAGGUAUGGUGUGCUUCCAUAUUUGGAGACAUAACAGCAGAUGGCCUGAGCAAUGCCCCCAGGUAUUUUAUUAUCAUGGACGAAUUCCCACUGACCACAAGUGGAAAAAUUGACAGAGUUGUAUUAAAAGCUGAGGCCAAGAAACAUCUGAACCUAUAAACAUUUUAGUAAAGAGUACUGUACAGUAGUGUCUAACAACACUAACAACACAUAGGAUAGUACUAUAUUUUUAGAUAUUGAAACAUCAUAUGACCCAAUAUUGAGAUAAUUCAAUUUAAUCAUACAAAUACAAACGAAACAUUUGGACUUAUAAACAUAAUAUAGUUGCAAUCGUUGCAUAUUAUAAGUAAUUACAGAUAUUGUAUAACCAAUAUAACAUCAAUUUUAUAUCAUAAAAUCUAUAACAUUCAUAUGUGUUCAUUAUGCCAAAGCCACAUGGUGCCACAAUAAAAUAGCAAUAUCAAUCAAGAAUAGAUAUUUCCAUAAUUACCUUGAAUGAUGAGUGUGAUGAGCUUGGUGUCAUUCCCCGCAAUGUUACUUGCGAUGCACUCGUACACCCCUGCGUCAUCCACAUAUGUCUGAUCUAUCCUUAGACCCCCU